AUGACAACUACAACGAACUCAACAGGUUAUGGGCCCAGAAGAGGCUUGCUAUUCGACGGUAACGAAAGCAAAUAUGAGUUGUGGGAAGUAAAGUUCCUGGGCUAUAUGCGGCUACAAAAGCUAUAUAAAGUAUUCGUGCGAGACGCAAGCGGAUGCUUUUGCCUAACUCGUGCAAUGUUGGACGAUAGAAGUUUAUCGCUAGUGCUACGAGACGCGAGAGACGACGGGAGGAAAGCGCUAGAAGUUCUCAGACAGCACUACCAAGGGAAGGGAAAGCCACAUAUAAUUUCGCUUUAUACUGAACUGACAUCGCUAAAGAAAGAAGAGAACGAGCCAAUAGUCGAUUAUGUCAUACGAGCCGAGUUAUUUGCGACAGCGUUACGAAAUGCCGAGGAAGCUAUCAGCGACGCAUUGUUAAUCGCGAUGGUUUUGAAAGGCUUACCGAGGGAAUACGACAUGUUUGCCACGGUAGUUGUGCAAAGAGAGAAACAAAUGACUUUCGCCGAAUUCAAGAGCGCGCUAAGAAGCCACGAGGAAAGCGCAAAGAUACAUGGUGGGAAGGCUGCCAGCGCGGGGGAGAAUAUUAUGUUGACGAAGCAAAAGUUCGAUGGGAACUGUUUUAAAUGCGGGAGAAAGGGACAUAAAAGCGUGGAGUGUUGGUCGAAGACAUCGGAAAGAUGGUGUAGCAACUGUAAAAGUAAAACCCACGAGACAAAGAAUUGCCGGAAGAAGAAAGAUGCGGCGAAGACAGCAGCCGAGAAGACAACGUCAAGUGAGAACAAUGAACAUACGUUUGCCUUUACAUCCAAGGACACAAUUAAUAUAUCAGGUAUAAAUAAUAAGAGUAAUUCUAGUUUAUUAGUAGAUACUGGAGCCACAAGUCACAUUAUAAAUGACAAAUCAAAAUUUGUGGACUUUGAUAAAGAAUUUAAUCCUAGUGCGCAUGUCAUAGAACUCGCUGAUGGCAGUAAAGCCAACGUAGUAUUAGGAAAAGGAAAUGCCAAAGUUAAACUUUAUGACGUCAAUUGUAAUGCACAUGAAGUAAUGUUAAAUAGCGCAUUGUAUGUUCCAUCCUAUGAUAAAAAUAUUUUUUCAGUGCAUGCUGCGAUAGAAAGAGGGACCAGUAUUAGUUUAGAUAAGCAGGUGAAACAGCUCAAAUGUCCUGAUGGCACAACGUUUGGAAUGGAACAAAAAGGUAGGUUAUAUUAUUUAAAUAGUAUUUCAUCCUCUAAGAAUAGUGCAUGUUCUCUGCAUGAAUGGCAUAAAAUCCUUGGUCACUGUAAUUAUGGUGAUGUUCAGAAAUUGGAAAAUGUUGUAGAGGGGAUGAAUAUUUCCAACUAUGAUGAAAUAGAGUGUACUGUUUGCACUAAAGGUAAGAUGUGCCAAUUUAGGAAUAGAUCCCCAGAUGAAAGAGCAACUGCUCCAUUAGAUUUUGUGCAUUGUGACCUGGCUGGUCCUAUUGAUCCUGUAGGAAGAGAUGGCUUUAAGUAUGCUUUGUCAUUCGUUGAUGACCAUUCAGGGAUUAUUAUGGUCUAUUUUCUAAAAUGUAAGAGUGAUACUUCAGAAGCAUUACAGCAAUAUUUGGCCGAUGCUGCUCCUUUUGGGAGGGUUAAGCGUGUCAGGAGUGACAAGGGCACAGAAUUCACUAGUCAUCAAUUCAAAUCUUUCUUCGAGAAAAUAGGAUAA